AACGCUGAGACCAGGAACAGGAACAGCCGCUCCCGCCUCAGCCGCUGCUGCGUCCGCCCAGCCCCGCAGCGACCGAACGGCCCGGCCCGGCUCGGCUCGGCCCGCAGCACCAUGUCUGUCUCGGAGGAAGCUGACGGGCUCGGGGUGGCCCGGCCCCAUUACGGCUCUGUCCUGGAUAAUGAGAGGAUGACAGCAGAGGAGAUGGAUGAGAGAAGACAUCAGAAUGUGGCUUAUGAGUAUCUUUGUCAUCUGGAGGAAGCAAAGAGAUGGAUGGAGGCCUGCCUUAAUGAGGAUCUACCUCCCACAACAGAGCUGGAGGAGGGGCUAAGGAAUGGAGUCUAUCUAGCCAAACUUGGAAACUUUUUCUCCCCCAAGGUGGUGUCUCUGAAGAAAAUCUAUGACCGGGAACAAACCAGAUAUAAGGCAACUGGUCUCCAUUUCCGUCAUACUGAUAACGUUAUUCAGUGGUUGAAUGCCAUGGCUGAAAUUGGCCUCCCCAAGAUUUUCUACCCAGAAACUACUGACAUCUAUGAUCGGAAGAACAUGCCACGCUGCAUCUAUUGUAUCCAUGCACUCAGUCUGUACCUGUUUAAACUGGGACUGGCCCCUCAGAUUCAAGAUUUAUAUGGGAAGGUGGACUUCACAGAGGAGGAGAUCAGUAACAUGAGGAGUGAGCUGGAGAAGUAUGGAAUUCAGAUGCCUGCCUUCAGCAAGAUUGGAGGAAUUUUAGCUAACGAACUCUCUGUGGAUGAAGCAGCAUUGCAUGCUGCUGUUAUUGCCAUUAAUGAAGCAAUUGACCGCCAAGUUCCAGCUGACACCCUGUUGGCAAUGAAAAACUCCAAUGCCAUGUUGGUGAAUCUUGAUGAACUGCUGGCAUCAAUCUAUCAGGACACAUUGUAUCGGGCAAAGAAGGACAAGAUGGAGAAUGCCAAAAACAGGACUGGCUCUGAGAAUUCAGAGAGAGAGAGGGAUGUGUACGAAGAGCUGCUGACUCAAGCUGAAAUUCAGGGCAAUGUCAACAAAGUCAACACACAUUCAGCCCUAUCAAAGAUAGAUCUGGUUUUGGAACAGGGAGAUGCAUUAGCAUUAUUUGAAGUUUUGACAUCACCAGCCCUGGGACUCCGAGGAUUACAGCGAGAAAAUUGUGACUGGUAUCUCAAGCAGCUCUUGAGUGACAGGCAGCAGAAACAGGAGUCUGGCCUGGCAGGCCCCCUGCAGAAGGAGGAGUUGCAGUCUGGGGUGGAUGCUGCUAACAGUGCAGCACAACAGUACCAGCGAAGGCUGGGAGCAGUUGCAAGGAUUAAUUCUGCAAUCCAAAUGGGUAUUGCAGAGAAAACUGUGGCAGAACUUUUGAAUCCAGAGGCUCAGUUACCACAGGUUUAUCCAUUUGCAGCAGAUCUUUACCAGAGGGAGCUAGCAACUCUGCAGCAACAGAGCCCUGAAGGUAACCUCACCCAUCCAGAGCUGUCAGUUGCAGUGGAGAUGCUGUCAUCUGUGGCUCUGAUUAACAGGGCGUUGGAUUCAGGGGAUGUGAACACAAUUUGGAAACAACUGAGCAGUCCAGUUACAGGGCUCACUAACAUUGAAGAUGAGAACUCCCAGAGAUACAUCGAUGAUUUGAUGAAGCUGAAAGCUCAGGCACAUACAGGAGGGAAUGAGUUUAUCACAUGGAAUGAUAUCCAGUCAUGUGUGGACCGUGUGAACAUAGUGGUGCAUGAGGAGCACGAGAGGAUUUUAGCAAUUGGGCUUAUUAAUGAAGCUCUGGACGAGGGAGACACCAGAAAGACCCUUCAAGCCUUACAGAUCCCUGCAGCAAAACUGGAGGGGGUAACCCCAAAGGUAGCACAGCACUACCAGGACACGUUGAUCCGAGCCAAGAGGGAGAAAGCACAGGACACUCAGGAUGAGACAGCUGUACUGUGGCUGGAUGAAAUUCAGGAUGGAAUUCAUCGAUCCAACAGGGACACAGAGGAGGCACAGAAAUUUUCAUUAGGAAUUCUGGCCAUUAAUGAAGCAGUGGUCCAUGGUGAUGUGGGCCAGACCCUCAGUGCCCUGCGCUCGCCUGAUGUUGGACUGUAUGGAGUCACUCCAGAGUGUGAUGAGACAUACCAGCGUGACCUGGCAGAAGCCAAGAGAGAAAAAAUGGCAGCAGGGGACAAUGGCAGUGAGUGGGUGAAGCACUGGGUGAAAGGAGGCUAUUAUUAUUACCAUAACCUGCAAACCAGAGAGGGACGUUGGGAUGAACCCUCAGGAUUUGUGCAGAAUAAUACCCAGCUCUCCCGGGAGGAGAUACAGAGCUCUAUCUCUGGAGUCACUGCUGCGUACAACAGAGAACAGCUCUGGCUUGCUAAUGAGAACCUGAUUACAAGGCUGCAGGCUUGCUGCCGUGGAUACCUUGUUCGCCAGGAAUUCAACUCCAGAAUGAAUUUCUUGAAGAAGCAAGUCCCUGCAAUCACUUGUAUCCAGUCUCAGUGGCGUGGCUACAAGCAGCGAAAGGAAUACCAAGAUCGCUUGGAGUACCUGCGAGCACACAAGGACCAAGUAGUGAAGAUUCAGUCAAUGACCAGGAUGUAUCAAGCCAGAAAGCGGUACAGAGAUCGUCUGCAGUAUUUCAGAGACCAUAUAAAGGACAUUGUAAAAAUCCAGGCUUUUAUUCGUGCAAAUAAAGCACGAGAUGACUACAAAACUCUCAUCAGUGCUGAAGACCCACCUAUGGCUGUGGUCCGGAAAUUUGUCCACUUACUGGAUCAGAGUGACCAAGAUUUUCAGGAAGAGCUUGACCUAAUGAAGCUGCGUGAGGAGGUUGUGACCCUAAUCCGAUCCAAUCAGCAACUGGAAAAUGACCUCAAUCUGAUGGACAUCAAAAUUGGACUGCUUGUGAAAAACAAAAUCACAUUGCAGGAUGUUGUCUCUCAUAGUAAGAAACUUACCAAGAAGAACAAGGAGCAGCUGUCUGACAUGAUGAUGCUGAACAAACAGAGGGGAGGUUUGAAGGCUCUAAGCAAAGAGAAGAGGGAGAAGCUGGAAGCAUAUCAGCACCUGUUCUACUUGCUUCAGACUAACCCCACCUACUUGGCCAAGCUGAUUUUUCAGAUGCCUCAGAACAAAUCCACCAAGUUUAUGGAUUCUGUGAUCUUCACGCUGUAUAACUAUGCAUCCAAUCAGAGGGAAGAAUACCUGUUACUUCGGCUUUUCCAGACAGCACUACAGGAAGAAAUCAAAUCAAAAGUAGAUCAGAUACAUGAGAUUGUGACUGGAAACCCCACUGUUAUUAAGAUGGUGGUAAGUUUCAACCGUGGUGCCCGUGGCCAGAAUGCAAUGAGGCAGAUCCUGGCACCUGUUGUGAAGGAAAUCCUGGAUGACAAAUCACUCAACAUCAAAACUGAUCCUGUGGACAUUUACAAAUCUUGGGUUAACCAGAUGGAGUCGCAAACUGGAGAGGCCAGUAAGUUGCCGUAUGAUGUUACACCUGAGCAAGCCCUGGCUCAUGAAGAGGUGAGGACACGCCUAGAUGCAUCCAUCAAAAACAUGCGGACAGUGACAGACAAGUUCCUGUCAGCCAUCGUCAGCUCAGUGGAUAAAAUCCCUUAUGGCAUGCGCUUCAUUGCCAAGGUUCUGAAAGAUUCACUACAUGAGAAAUUUCCUGAUGCUGGUGAGGAUGAGUUGCUGAAGAUCAUUGGCAACUUACUCUAUUAUCGCUACAUGAACCCAGCUAUUGUUGCUCCAGAUGCAUUUGACAUCAUUGACCUUUCAGCUGGAGGUCAGCUGACUACAGACCAGCGCAGAAACCUUGGUUCCAUUGCAAAGAUGUUACAGCAUGCUGCAUCCAAUAAGAUGUUCAUGGGAGACAAUGCUCACCUAAGCAUCAUUAAUGAAUAUCUCUCUCAGUCCUAUCAGAAAUUCAGACGUUUUUUUCAGGCUGCCUGUGAGGUUCCAGAACUACAGGAUAAAUUUAAUGUUGAUGAAUAUUCUGACUUGGUGACUCUCACUAAACCAGUUAUCUAUAUUUCCAUUGGAGAAAUCAUCAAUACACACACUCUGCUUUUAGAUCAUCAAGAUGCGAUUGCGCCUGAGCACAAUGAUCCAAUUCAUGAGCUGCUGGAUGACCUGGGGGAAGUUCCCACUAUUGAGUCCCUGAUAGGGGAAGGGUCUGGUAACAUUAAUGACCCCAACAAGGAGAUGCUAGCAAAGACUGAAGUUUCUCUUACACUGACUAAUAAAUUUGAUGUUCCUGGCGAUGAGAAUGCUGAAAUGGAUGCAAGGACAAUCCUGCUGAAUACAAAGCGCUUGAUUGUAGAUGUAAUCCGCUUCCAGCCGGGGGAGACCCUAACUGAGAUCCUGGAAACUCCAGCUACCCAUGAGCAGGAAGCAGAGCAUCAGAGAGCUAUGCAGAGACGGGCCAUUCGUGAUGCCAAAACCCCUGACAAGAUGAAAAAAUCUAAAUCUGUAAAAGAGGACAGCAACUUGAAUCUUCAAGAAAAGAAGGAGAAAAUCAAGACAGGCUUGAAGAAGUUGUCAGAACUGGGAACCGUGAACCCAAAGAAUAGAUACCAGGAGCUAAUCAAUGAUAUUGCCAAGGACAUCCGGAACCAGCGCAGAUACCGUCAGAGGAGAAAGGCAGAGCUGGUGAAGCUGCAGCAAACUUACAGUGCACUGAACUCCAAAGCCACUUUUUAUGAGGAACAGGUGGAUUAUUAUAAAAGCUAUAUCAAAACCUGCUUGGAUAACUUGGCCAGCAAGGGCAAAGUCUCUAAGAAGCCACGGGAGAUGAAAGGCAAAAAGAGUAAAAAGAUUUCUCUGAAAUAUACAGCAGCUCGACUCCAUGAGAAGGGAGUCCUGUUGGAGAUUGAAGACCUGCAAGUAAACCAGUUUAAAAAUGUGAUAUUUGAAAUCAACCCAACAGAGGAAGUAGGAGACUUUGAGGUCAAAGCAAAAUUCAUGGGCGUUCAGAUGGAAACAUUCAUGUUACAUUAUCAGGAUCUUUUGCAGCUGCAGUAUGAAGGUGUUGCUGUCAUGAAGUUGUUUGACAGAGCAAAAGUCAACGUCAACCUCCUGAUCUUCCUUCUGAACAAGAAGUUCUAUGGGAAAUAAUUGGCAUCUCCCAGAGGAGCUAUGAAAAGGGGGAUGAAUGGAAAAACUGCAUCUCUGUUUCUUAAUAUCCUCUUUCACCUGUCAGAACCAAGGACACCUAUAUAUUGAUGUACCUCCCUCUGCCCAAACUACAAGUAUAAAGUAUAAAGAAGGACUAGACUGUCAGUGAAUUAAUAAUCCUGACUGAGUCCACAGGGACUCUAUCUGUCUUACUGCUAUGAUCUUUUUUUCUGACUUUUCAGAUUCCUUGAGAAGCAUUUAGUUUAGAAUGUUUUCCGUGUACUAUUACAGUGGCAUUAGGGAUUAAACAGUUGUUAGAAUAUAUUUUGGGCUUCUGGGUGUGUUCUUUGCCUAAAUGUUUGGAUGGUGGGGCUUGAAUUCUUGUUACUUGUUGUAGAAGAAGAAAGCUAACACAGCAGAGCAACCAGGUCUGCCUCUGUAUCUAGAAGCAGAACAGGAUUUCAGCUCAUAUUUAGACUCCCUCCUUGAAAUUCUAAGAAAACACAACAGGACAUCAACUUAGAGAAAUAUUUGCUCUGUGCUGUAGCAUGGAGAAACUGGAAAAAUUUUAACUAGCUGAUUCUGUCCAUAGCAGUGUCCAUUACCGAAGGCUCACUACCAGGAUGACUGAACUCUGUUUAUAGAUUUGAUUUGUAAAGACCUAUACUUGAGUUAUAUUUUAGCAUGUUAUUCAAUAUACGUAUGUAGCUCUGUCUUCAGGCAAUGGGGAGAAGAAAAGAUUUUGUCACAGAACUGAGUCAAAUUAAAAGUGGUCAAUGGCCAGGUUGGUCAGGUGGUUGCAGUGCCAGCUUUUGGUGGUGGCGGUGGUGACUAUUAGCUGUAUCGGACUAGUGCAUCAGAGUCCUAGAUGGCUUUCAAUGAUCUAAGUGUUGCUGAAUUAUUACUACACAUACAUUAUUGUAGCCAUGUAUAACAUCUUUAGUGAUCCAAUUCUUUUUUCAAUAUUUGUUUCUCAUUAAGACGCCUUACUAAUAUACAGAUUGUCCCGGUAGUAGAGGAAAUGAGGAAUGUGUGUGCUAAUGCUUAAAGAUGAAAAGCAGCCUUUUAUUGGGGAUGAAGGAGAGAGAUUUUUGAAUCAGUUGAGAAAAGUUUAUUUUACAGUUUUGCUUCAGAAGCUUUUAGAACAUUACAGAAAAAGUUUCUAAGUUAGCUUAUUGCUCCACAUAUCUCUACCUGAUGCCAUUAAACACUAUGAUCUACCUGCAGACUUGCCAAAGGGAAUUUACUCUGCCUUAAAUAGUCUGAGCUGUUAAAUUAUUUACAUUUUACCAAAUGUACAUGAGCAAAUGACUCCCCGUUUCCUUUACUACUUAGAUAUUCACUCAUUAUUACGGUGGUGCCUGUUAUAUUGCUAUACCUAACAGAAAUGCAAAAGGACUGUUAUGAACUCCGAUCUUCAUUAAACAAACUUUUCAUUGCCCAAGUUAUCUGUUCCAGAUAAAAAUGUCAUUUUUUUUUAAGGUUUCAGAGUAACAGCCGUGUUAGAGCUUAUGCUCUAAUAAAUUUGUUAGUCUCUAAGGUGCCACAAGUACUCCUGUUAUUUUUUUUUUUAAAUAAUUUUAAAAUCUGUUUGACUGUUUUAUGUUCCCAGAGUAUAGGUUAAAAUAAAGUCUCUCUAUUCUUAGACACACACACAUACGCCUUACGUUUAUUUCAAAUAAUUUUGUUUUAUAAUUUAAUCACAGAGUCAGCCAUUUUAGUGUUUUUUAAAUGAAACCAGUUACUAACUCUCUGCCUGCCUUGGGAGUCAGUUGUUUCCCAUAGUCUUUUUAAGAGGCUAAUCCUGUAUGGCUCUACCUUGUGACAAUCCCUGCCACGCAAACAGUAACAAACUGAUUUUAUCUUGGUCUAUGCAGUAUUAGCAUAAUUAAAAGAAUAGAUGACACCACUUUCCUUUUGGAUGUAAAACUGACCACAUCCAGGAAGUUCCAAAUAGGGGAAAUUCUGCCCUCAGAGAGGAGAACCUCAAAAUAGGAAUUCUACCCGCCAUCCUGAAAUAGCAUCAGGACAGUGACAGGAUAAAAGUCUUGACUUGCAUCUACCUGUCUCUUUUCAAUGUGAGUCCCCACUGCUGUUUAACUGAAGGGUUUUAAAUAUAACUAUCCUUUUUUAGUUAGGGAUAGUGACAAUAGGACAUUCUCAAAUUAUUCAUCAGGGGAAUAAAACAGCACCCUGACAGCUGUUCAACAAAAGGGAUUAAAUUUUCUCCAUUUAAAAAGGGCUACUUUCCCAGAUGUCUGCUUGGCUGCCUCUUCACCAUAAUCUAAGAAAUAGCUAAUGAGACAUGUUAGGCUAUUCUAAUAAAAUAUCAUAAUACCCAUGAGGAGAAGAUAUUUGGAUUAUUUAUAAGAACAGCCAAUAUCUGAAAACAGAUAUUGAAAACAGUUUUGGUGCAAAUUGACAAGACAACUAGGUAGUGAGAGUGAAACAGUUUUAUGGAAACAGGUGUGCCAGUUCUAGUUGAAUAACAGUGUGUAACUUUGGUAGGAGUUUUUAAAAGAAUGGAGACACUCUGGCAGAAAGAUCCAGUUUCAGCACUGAAAUUUUGUAAUUUGUUACUUUAUUUAUUGGUGUCCUAGCUUUCCCUUGUCUCUUCCCUCUCCCCUCCCCACAAUCAUUGUAUUUAUCUUGGGCUUAAAUUCCUUUCAAAUAACUAGAUGGCUUAGCCUAUUGUUUGCACAUAAAAUGUCUUUGUAUUUCUCAUCUAAAUAAAAGAUAAUUUGUUCA